CUUUUGAAUAAAAUUUAUCUUCUAGUGGUAGUAGUUGUAGUUAUGAUCGAUCAGCUCGCGUAUAGCUAGUACUAUAUAUUUGCAUGCAUUUACUUUAUUUUAUAGAUGGCAGAAACUACUUUUGAAUCCCUCCUAUUGCUUUCCAUGGAAGAUCUGAAAUAGUUAAAUGGGUGUUUUGGAAGUUUUUUUUGUUGCUGAUUCCGUCAGCUUUCAAGUGUUAGUGACUUGGUGGUGUCUGUGCUUGCACUAGUUGAGUUUUAGUAGAAUCCAAAAAAGGGGCCAUUUUCUAUAUCAACUUUAGCAUAGUAGGUUGUACUUUUCGACUUUUCUUCUGAUAAAUCUAAAGCACCAGUUUCAUAUAUCCAGCACUUCAAAUGGCACGGCUAUCUGCCUCAAGCAGCUGCACUCCGGCCUUGUUCAAGUGCGAGGAGACCAUAUCAAAAGGCCAAGAAAGUACAUCCAUGGCGGCCUUGCCUUGUGCUUGCAUGAGUACUAGUACUAGUACUCCUGCUUCAAGCUCCAAAGAAUCAUGGAACAUGAUGAUCAACAGCCAUGAGCAGGAUGAGAAUAGUGAUCAAGAUAUAGUGGCUAUUAAUGGCUGCUCCACACCAAAGGCUCGAAGAUUCAGAAUACCCGAUAUCUCCUCAUCGUCAUGUCCACCUGCUCCAAAGAAGAGAAGAGUAACUUCAAGCUACGUUUCAAAUAGAUCUCCUAUAGCAUUUUAUGCUCCUCCCGAUAUAGAGCUUUUCUUCUUCUUAGCAUUUCAGAACAUCCCGGCGGGAGUUGCACUGCAGAAAAUCUGACAAUCGAUAUUGGACGUUAUGACUUUAGAGGUGACUCAUCAUGAUGAUCUAGAACUUAAUAUUGCAACGUACGGCCUCAGUGUUCAGAAAGAUGCUCAUCUUUUGAAUUAUUAAUGGCAAAUGCAUGCAGUUUUUAAUUAGCUCUAUGAUCUUUUGUUUCCUUACUAAAAUUAUAUGUGUUUGAUCUGUAUGCAUGCCCAUGCUUCGUUGGAGUUUUUUUCGAGAGUACUUACUUCAGUUUUUAUGUGUUUGUUUUAUGCAUUUUCUGCAUCAUGUGUCAUAUUCCAUACUUGGCAAUAAGACUAGUUG